CUCUCUCACUCUAUUAACAUCUUUACAUUUAUUUUAUUUCGGAAGUGAGCUGAUAAUCUCCGUAUCAUUAUUCGAUACACAUCAAUGGAGACUCAAGACGGCAGCAACGGUAGCCUUCGCGUUGAUUCGUUCUCGUGCUACCUCGAUAAAGCCAAAGAGAGCCUCGUCCACCGCGUCUCCGCCCAAGACCACAACAACAUGACCAUCAAAUUCUCCGGCGGCGGCGGCCUCCGAGUCGACUCGUUCUCCCGCGCCUCGGACCACAACCUCCUCUUCCAAGUCCCCGCCCCCGUCCCGGACCCCACCGCCGCCUUCUCCUUCUCCCACCAAUCCGCCGAGAUCGGUGUCUUCGGCGCCGACCGCUACUUUAAUACUAUGAAGCUUCAAUACCCCACCACCGCCGCCGCCGCAGCCCCCCGCCGCGCCGCCACGACCUCGGGAUCGGGAUCGGAGUCGGAAUUGUCCGCCGCUACAACGUCGAACAGCCAAACCAAUCUCCUCCGAUCAAAUCAAUCGAUUCAAUUAAAGCAGAAGAAAGCCGCCGCCGCCUCCGCAGUUACCGCCGCUCGCCUCUUCACCGGAUUCAGCUGCAGAAGCCCCUGCUUCGGCAAUAAAUCCGUCCGAAUCAACGAAUUCGUCGUCUCUCCGGCGAAGAAUCAGCUAAUUGAGAAGAUCGAAGAGUCGCGGCGAUCGAUUGAAGUCUUCGGAUCGUCUCGCAAAAUUAGGGUUUCGAAAGGGCGAAAUGACGUGGCGACGAACAUGGAGCGGAAGCUGUCGAUGCUGACGUGGGACGCGAUUCCGGUGGGCGGGAGCAACAACCUCCCGACUUCAACCAUCGGAAGCAGCGGCGGCGGCGGCGGCGACGCGGAGAGCGACGGCAGCUCGGAUUUGUUCGAGAUCGAGGACGUUUCCGGAAGCAUCUACUCGGUUCUAGAAGGCGCGGACGCCGCCGCCGACAACGAGCCGAGCUGCGUAAUGAGCCCCGCCACGUCGCUGUACGCGCCGAGCGAGGCCUCCAUCCAGUGGAGCGUCGUCACCGCCAGUGCGGCCGAUUUCUCGUCCGCGCUGUCGGAGUUCAACGACGACAGCGUCAGCGUCGCCGCGGCGGCGGCGAAACCGAGGGCUAAUAGCAACCAAGGGCAGAAGAGUAGGCCUUCUCAUGGAUUGCUAGGGUGCAAGAGUGUUAAAGCUGUGGAUGUUGCUAAUGAGAAUGUGUGUGUUAAGGUUAAGAACAAAACCCUAAUUAAUUAAUCAAUCAAUCAACAAUCAUCAAUUUGUUGUUUAUGUAUGUGUGUGAGAGUAUAGUUUCAAUACUAUUAAGGGUUAAUUGUAUGUAAAUUUACAAAGUUUGAUCAAAUUAUGGUUUGUUCUGAAC